GCGACACAUUAAAAACGUUACAAGGGAGAAAAAGAAAGAAAAGAAGGUCGACGCAUUAAAACAGACGCAAGUUCAAGCGAAGGUUGAAAGGGAAGAGAGAAAAGAAAACUAACGAUAAAUGCACACGAGAAUUCGGCGGUUGAACGCGAAUAUCUCGUCUGGUAACUUCUCAGGGCGCGUCGUGUGGAUCUCUCUCUCUCUCUCUCUCUCUCUUUUGCUGAUCCGUAUUGCAGAUUGCCGUGUGGUGGGAAGAGGGACGAUAUUAGCAAGUGGCGAGCAGUUCCUCUGUCAGGGCAUAAGCCGCAAACCUGCAUUUUUGCUUCCAAAAAGCUUUUAUCUGGUUUUGGUAAGAUUAACAAGCAAGAUCGAAAGGGGAGAAAAAGGACAGACAAUUUGCAUUGAAAGGCAAUACGGCAUCCAAAGUUCAUAACCGUGUAAGUUUCUGUGGAUGGGAUGACAUUUAUCCAUUUCCAAUGCAAACAAUGCACAACUCCAAGAACUUUAGGGUGUGACGAAGACAGUUUCUUGGUCAUGAACAGUGCAGAUUUUUCAGAUUGAUUGUGGACCACCCAAACAUGCAAAAGAUGCUGCCAAAGAAUGUGAUGGCUAAUACUCUUCCAAAGCAGCCAAUUUUUUCCUUUGGAGUUAUCACUGAUGUGCAAUAUGCAGAUAUCCCUGACGGGUGCUCAUUCCUUGGCGUACCUCGUUACUACAGGCACAGCAUUGAGGUCUUGAGAAGGGCUGUUAAGAAAUGGAAUCACCAUGGGAGUCUGAAGUUUGCAGUUCACUUUGGAGACAUAGUGGAUGGAUUUUGUCCAAGGGAGGAUUCAAGAAAAGCUGUGACAAAACUGGUCCACGAGUUUGAAAAGUUUGAAGGCCCUGUAUAUCAUAUGCUAGGAAACCAUUGCCUCUACAAUCUCCCCCGUGAUGAUUUGAUUUCUUUAUUGAAAAUACCUACAUCCCAUGGCUGUGCCCACUAUGAAUUCUCUCCCGCGCCGGAGUAUCGGUUUGUCGUUCUGGAUGCCUAUGACAUUAGUGCCAUUGGUUGGCCUAAGGAUCAUCCUAACACAUUGAAAGCUUUUAAGAUUUUGCACAUUAAGAAUCCAAAUGUUGACAAAAAUAGUCCAACGGGCCUGGCAGGUCUUGACAGAAGGUACCUGAAGUUCAAUGGAGCAGUUGGAAAGGCACAACUAGAAUGGCUUGAAUUCGUUUUAAAGGAUGCAACCAGGCUUAAACAGAACGUAAUUAUCUGCUGUCAUCUUCCACUAGACCCUGGGGCAGCAUCAGCUGAAGCAUUACUGUGGAACUACGACGAAGUAAUGAGCGUCAUACACAGAUACAAUUGCGUGAAGGUGUGCCUGGCUGGACAUGACCACAAAGGAGGGUACUGUGUCGAUUCCCAUGGCAUUCAUCACAGAGUUCUUGAAGCUGCCCUUGAAUGUCCCCCUGGCUCGGAUGCAUUCGGCCAUGUGGAUGUGUAUCACGAUCGGUUGUCUCUCCUUGGUGUCGAUCGGAUGCUGAGCAUUGAUAUGGUUUUUGAUUGUUAAGAUGCAGGUGUCUGCAUUCAGCUCUCAAGAAAAGUUCACACCCAGCUGUCUAAAACUUAAUUCCGGGGGAGUAUGGAUGAUGCUCCUCACAUGAUCCGCAUCACUUGUACACGAAUAAGGAAGCAUCCAAUGAGAAUAAUCAUAUGGCUGACGAUCUAGUUUAUAUGUAUGAAUCAUCCAUUAUCAUAAUGAUUAACCAAAUUUCUAGUCA